GCUCUAACCAACGAAGUUUUUGCGGGCCAGCAACUAGAGGCUUGAGUGCGCAGUUGGCUGAUGAAAUCGAGUGAAAAUUUCUGGAUUGUGGUUUGUUUGAAUCAAGAAUACCGUCUAAGCGAGAAGUAUUGCGAGUGGUUAUGUCUGUGUUUGACCCAUUUGGAAUUCUAGCCGAAUAUUCCCUGAUCGCUAAACUGCUUCUGCAGUCAAUAUGGCAAAAGCGAACAUAGUGGGACCAGCCAAUUGAGGGCGACGAUAUAAAGCAAUGGAAAUGUUGGUUGCGCAGCCUAAGCCAAGCAUGCAAGAUAAGGAUACCCCGAUGUUAGGCAGAAGAGUUCUUUGGGGAACCAAUUGAACUACACAUAUUUUGCGAUGCGAGUGAGUCAGCUUAUGCAGGAUACUGGCGCAUACGUACGAAAUCUGGAUGGAAGUCCGCAUUUAUAAUGGGAAAGACCAAGUGUGCCCCAAUGAAACUAUCGACCAUACCCAGGCUCGAGCUACAGGCGGCAGUGCUAGGAACUCGUCUCAGGAAAUGUAUUCUUGAGGGUCACGACGUCAACCCCAAAUGUGUCCACAUGUGGUCCGAUUCCAAGACUGUCUUAGCAUGGAUUCAAUCAGAUCACAGAAAAUAUAAGCCAUAUGUAGGACACAGAAUUGACGAGAUACUUGAAGCCACAAGGUUGGAAGAUUGGCAUUGGGUGCCUAUUAAGGAUAACCCGGCAGACUUUGGCACCAAACUCAGAUCUGGAACUCGAGAAACCUCCUGGUUGAGAGGCCCUCAAUUCCUUCAAGAGGACGCAAGUCAAUGGAACCUAGGAACUUCAGACGUUGGUGACACGGAACUGGAACUAAGAAGCAAGUUUACGUUAUCAAUCAAUGAGAUGUCUUCAGAUGGAUCUGUCAGUAUCGUAUUCAGGGAGUUGCUGGAAAGGUUCUCUUCAUUUACAAGGCUGAUGCGAGUUGUCGCUUGGGUCUACAGGAUGUGUGAUCGUAAGAUCAAACGAAAGGUCUACCUUGAUGUAGCUGAAAUUGAAGAAGCUGUACUCAUAGUGAUCCGCAAUGUACAGGAUGUUGCAUUUCAUGAUGAGCGGGUGGCGCUAUUGACUGGACAGUGCAUCUAAAAGAACAGCAAGCUGUGGAAGUUGUCUCCGAUCAUAGACGGAAGAGGAGUGAUCCGAAUGAAUGGGCGUAUUAAUAACGCAUGUUCGGUUGGAGAAGAAAACAGGCGUCCAAUAUUAAUGCCCCAAGGGCAUCACGUUACAAAAUUGAUCGUGCGACAUUAUCACGAGCUAUGGAAACACCAGAAUGAAAACACAAUUAUAGCAGAAAUACGCAGAAAGUACUACAUACCACACUGCCGACAGGAGGUUCGCCGUGCAGCUAGAAAUUGUAUGACUUGUAAAAUCCAGAGAGCUUCACCAAAAAUGCCCUUAAUGGGACAACUUCCUAAGGACAGACUCUCUCCGUACGUACGCCCAUUCUCAUAUGUUGGAAUCGACUAUAUGGGACCGUUUCUGGUUGUAAGAGGAAGGAGUACCGAGAAACGCUGGAUAUGCAUAUUUACAUGCCUUACAAUAAGAGCAAUUCAUUUGGAAAUUGCCAGGGACCUGACAACAGAUACGUGUCUUCGAGUAUUGCAGAACUUCAUGGCGCGGCGCGGAAGACCAGUAAGAAUCCGAUCUGACAAUGGUACCAAUUUGGUGGGAGCUGAGCGUGAAUUGAAAAGAGAAUUACAGGACCUCGAUCACAUUAGAAUAGCGAACGAGUUGUCAACCAAGCAGAUCGAAUGGCUGUUUAAUUGCCCGCUAAGCCCCCAUGCAGGUGGGUGCUGGGAAAGAUUGGUACGCAGUGUGAAGAGGGCCAUAGGACACGCGCUGCAUGACAAAAACCUGAAAGAAGACAUACUGUAUAGCCUAAUGUGUAACGCUGAAAACAUAGUAAAUUCCAGACCGCUUACACACAUUGCUCUGGAUAACCCCACAGACGAUCCGAUAACCCCUAAUCACUUUCUUUUAUGU